GGUUCUCGGAUAAUCAUGCCGCUGGUGGUGCUGUGUGGGCUGCCGGAUAGCGGCCGGAGUCAGCGAGCCGACGAGCUCCGGAGGGCGUUAGAGGCUGAGGGUCGGCCCGUGACUGUCGUGCGCGAUGCCGACGUGCUUGGGCCCGGCGGGCCGGAGGCUCUGUGCGGGGCCUACUCGGACCCGGCCCGCGAGAAGGCACUGCGCGCGGCUCUCAAAGCCUUGGUGGAGCGCGACCUGGGCCGCCGGGCUGUGGUCCUCCUCGACUCGCCCAAUUACAUCAAAGGCUUCCGCUACGAGCUCUACUGCCUGGCCCGGGCGGCGCGCACCCCGCUCUGCCUGCUGUACUGCCUGAAGCCCCGGCCGCGGGCGCCGGGCGACGGGGAAGACUGCCUGCCGAAGGCCGGGGCUGUAGCCAGCAGCUGGAGACCGAAGGCCGCGACCUCGGAGCCGGAGCAGGGUCUGCCAGCGGGAGACGCCCCUGAGGAUCACGACCCUCAGUGGAGAGGUUUGGAGGAAGAUCCCGAAUCAAGACUAGAGGGAGCCCCGAGUUCAAGGGAACAAAACAUUGGGAGUCCGGGGGACGAAGCGGCAGGGGAGCUAGAGCCAGAGCCGGACCUCGGCUUCCCCCCGGAGCUCCUGGACGCCCUGGCCCAGCGCUUCGAGGCCCCGGAUUCCCGCAAUCGCUGGGACCGGCCCCUGUUCACGGUGUUGGGGCUCGAGGAGCCUCUGCCCCUGGCCCAGAUCCGGGCGGCCCUCUUCGAGAGCCAGGUGCUCGCCCCGCAUCAGGCCACGCAGUCCCAGCCGCUGGCUUCCACCAACUUCCUGCACCAGCUGGAUCAGGUCACCAGCCAGGUCCUGACAGCACUGAUGGAGGCCCAGAAGAGCGCCGUCCCCGGGGACCUGCUGUCGCUGCCCGGGACCACGGAGCGGCUGCGCUUCAGCCGCCCGCUGUCCAUGGCCGAGCUGAGCCGGCUCCGGCGCCAGUUCAUCUCCUACACCAAGCUGCACCCCAGCCAGGAGAACCUGCCGCAGCUGGCCAACAUGUUCCUGCAGUACCUGGGCCAGAGCUUGCACUGA